ACUUUUCGUGGGCCACUACCUCCCUGCGCCGCUCUCGCUCAGCAGUGCUUAACGUCCAACGGAGCUUCGAUCAGUCAGCAUCCAGUUCAAUUCCGAGUUCCGGCUUCCCACCGAAUCAACCUCUCUCUGAGUCUCAGCCAUCGACCUCAGGAACUAUGGCUCUUCCGAUUUGUGCUAGGUGUAAACCUACUGUAGUUUUAGAUGAUGGCAGUGAAUGUUGUGAGGUAUGUGGAAAUGUUGUUUAUCAAGAUUUGUACACUGUGGUACCUAAGAACACGAGUUCCUUCACCGUUCCUCAGAACACGAGUUCCUUCACUGAUGAUGAAUCAGAUGGCCUUUCUGAUAUUGAUGAUGUUGAGGUGAGUGGCUACCUCAACAAUGAGGAGGAGAUGCGUUACAAGAAGAUUAUAUGGGAGGAAAUGAACAAAGAGUAUCGUCAGGAACAUGCAGCAGCAGCUGCUGCUAAGAUGGAAGCUGCCGCUGUCGCGAAGUCGAGAAAGGAGCGGAAACGGAAACAAGAUGUGAAUCCCAAUCCGGCUCAAACGACUGCAGAAUCUGCUCAUCAAAUGCUAAUAAAGAAGAGACUCAAUUCGAAAAUCAACUAUGAUGUAUUGGAGACCCUCUUUGCCGACAAGCCAGCAUCUGAUACGGAUAAAAAAGUCAUUUCAUCAAAUGGCGAUGACAAUGGCACUGCCAAAGGGCAAAACGAUGGUGAGAAAGAGCAUGAUGGGGACAGAGCAGACAAUAUUUAUGAUGAACUGGAACAAGGGUAUGAAGACAUGGAGCAGGAAGAUGGCAAUGUAUUCAACUUCGAAAAUGAAGAGAAUGGUUAUGGUUAUGGUUAUGGUUAUGACUAUGAUAAUGGUGAAGAUGAAUAUUGAUGCGAGGGGUUAUGAUUGGUUCAUUUGAUUUCAUUGAAAUCCUUACUUAAGAAAUCAUAAAAUCAAGUAGCUUCAUGAUA